UCUCCUGUCCCCACCAGAGCCGAGUUAGUCGGGAGUCUUAGAUCCAAGUUCAGUUAGCGAUUGUUAUACUGACGAUAUGUAGUUUGUGUGGGGGAAAGUGCUGGCUAGUUAGCAUAAAAUGCCGAUUUCUACGUAUUUCCCUCCGAGUUAAUGGGCCUCCAGAUUUCCCAAGUUAGCCUCGGUAAACCGUAAACGGCAAACUGGCGGAGAGAAGCGACUAGCCGGUGUGUCGUUAGCUAGCUGUUUGGCUAGCUGCAGCUACAGCGCUGAUAUGCAUUUCACUUCGCCAGCAGCUUAAAUGAUAUAAGGCGCGUUUUGGUGGCUCUUAAAUAUCAAGUGCACACUUCGCUACUGAGAUACGUAGUAUUUUCUGCCUUAUCCAACAAUAAGACACUUAUCACAAUUGCCGAAAUGUUGAGAGCUCUUCGCGACUUUUUUCGUUUCCGACCAGUUUCCAGAGUUUAGAUAAUAUAUUUAAAGUAAACGCAUGAAAGUUGCACGUAUGAUAAAAUAAAACUGUAAACUUUUUUCGGUUCUCCCUUCGCGCCCGACGCCUUUCCUGCAGCCUCCGCUGCCUCCCGCCAGGAUUUCCGGCCUGCUCUCCAUCACCCGACUUCGCUUCGUUUCCGUUUCUUCCAUUUCCGUUUCUUUAACUACGCACUUUUGAAAAUAAAGUCCGGCAAACAAGGCGGCUGGGCUGAGAGAAAGGAAGCGGAGAUGUCGCAUUUUUGCCACUUUUUAAGGCGAUUAUCUGCCCGCCGUUGGGCUGCUAUGGGGCCGGGAAUGUGGGCAUUUUGUUCCGUCACCUGGACGCUCUGAUGGGGUGCGGUUGCCCAGCUCGCCCGAAACUCAGCGCCCCCCUUACUGUAGCACCGGGGGUCCCGUUGCAUGUGUUUACGGGGUGAAAUUUAUAACGUGGGCUGAAUGCAGGCCUGCCUCUCGCAAGCAGCCCAUUUCAGGACUCGCUUUGUCCACCCGCUCGCGCAUUUUGUGCCACGGAAAGCAGAAGGCGCGCCGUGCGGGGCCUGCCCGAUCCCGGGGAGCCUCGGCGUUGCGUACGCAGUUCCACGCUGUCAGGGCAGCGCUGUGCAUCACCGGAUAAACGCAGAAGCGUGCGCUGAUGGUGCCUUAAGUGUCCAUAGUCUGGGUGGUGGUUGCAUCCAGAUGCCUUCACUUAAAACGUGCGUGCUUUUAAAAGUUGACCAUUUCGGAGAUUGAAGAUUACUGGGAAUUUCAAACAUUUCGCCAAAGGACGGAAUGGGAGAUCCGUUUGCAAGAUUUGCUUCAGCCAUGUCUAAAGGCGACACAGAAGAGCUGAUAGAAAUAGAAAUUGAUGGACAGGAGAAACAGGAAUGCAUGGAGGAAGGGGUAGAGGAGCAGACAUUGACAGCUGCGGAGUUUGUGACACAAGCCAUUGACAUCAAUGAGCCAAUCGGCAACCUGAAGAAGCUGCUGGAGCCCCGCCUCCAGUGCUCCUUAGAUGGGCAUGAGAUUUGUCUGCAGGACAUACAGCUCGACCCCGACCAAAGCUUGUUUGAUCAGGGAGUGAAAACAGAUGGCACAGUCCAACUCAGUGUGCAGGUCAUCUCCAGACAAGGGGUCGAGCCCAAGCUGAACAUCCUGGAAAUCGUGAAGCCGGUCGAGACGGUGGAGGUGGUCAUCGACCCGGACGCUGCGGUGGGCGAGGAGGGCCAGCUGGUGGAGGAGGGGCAGGUCAUCACUCUGGACCGCUCCGGCAUCGCGGACGACACCUCGGAGCAAGUGACCCGCUGGGCCGCCGCUCUGGAGGGCUACAGGAAGGAGCAGGUCCGGCUGGGCAUCCCCUACGACCCAGUCCAGUGGAGCGCUGACCAGGUGAUCCACUGGGCGGUGUGGGUGAUGAAGGAGUUCAGCAUGGUGGAUGUGGACGUGGGGACCAUCCACAUCUCGGGCCGGGAGCUCUGCUCCUUCUCCCAGGAGGAAUUCCUCCAGAGGGUGCCACACGGGGAGAUCCUGUGGAGCCACCUGGAGUUACUGCGGAAGUACGUGCUCGCCAGUCAGGACCAGUCGGGCCAGAUCGCCACGGUGACCAUUGAUCAGCCGGUGCAGAUCAUACCGGCAUCUGUGCAGCAGACCCCUACUGGGACCAUCAAGGUCCUGACCACUAAACAGGGCAAAGUACAGAGAUCCCCUCGCAUCUCUGGCGGGGAAGACCGUAGCUCGCCGGGAAACCGCACAGGGAACAACGGGCAGAUCCAGCUGUGGCAGUUCCUGCUGGAGCUGCUGACGGACAAGGACGCGCGCGACUGCAUCUCCUGGGUGGGAGACGACGGCGAGUUCAAGCUCAACCAGCCGGAGCUGGUGGCCCACAAGUGGGGGCAGAGGAAGAACAAGCCCACCAUGAACUACGAGAAGCUAAGCCGUGCGCUCAGGUAUUACUACGACGGGGACAUGAUAUGCAAGGUGCAGGGCAAGAGGUUCGUAUACAAGUUUGUGUGCGACCUGAAGACGCUGAUUGGCUAUAGCGCGGCUGAGCUGAACCACCUGGUGACGGAGUGCGAGCAGAAGAAACUGGCCCGCAUGCAACUGCAUGGCCUGGCCCAGCCUGUUACCACGGUGACGCUUGCCACCGCCGCCCUCGAGAAGGACAGCUGAGAUGGAGGAGUGGGGGAUAGCAGUAGCAGCAGCCAUCAUGGGUGGUGUGGAGGUACGGGGGGUGUGGGGAAGAGCGCCCCCCCCUCCCCCAAGCGUCUGUAAAAGUGUGAUUGGCAGAGGAAGAGCGUGAAGUGUGUAUGAGAGUGUGUGUGUGUAUGAGUGCCACUGUUUGCAAGGCGUCAUUCUCGGGAUGUUGGACAUCAGUCCUUUGGCGGAGGAGAGCGUUCCAGUGCCCGGCUUUGUGUGUGAGUGUGAAUGAGAUCAGGUCCGUGUCCAGGGUGUGUUUGACUUGUACUCAGGUUAGGAGGCAAAUCCGCUUCAGCAUUUCCAUUGUAUAUACAUAUGUUUUUGAUAGCCACCAGGGCAGUGUAUUUUCAGUUUGUAAAAGUACUUUUUCCUUUUAGCAUUUCCCCAAUGCAUGGACCUUUCCUGUCCACUGGGGGGCAAUAAAGAGGCAUGUCUUUUCUUA